AUGCAGAGCUCCGUGGAGAAAGAUGUAACCCUGAAUAUCCUGAGUGUAUUAAGUGAAUUGCUGUCUGCUGGAACUCAUCGUCGGAUUCACUACAUGAUAUCCAAGGGAGGAAGUGAGGCCUUGCUUCAAACUCUGGUAAAUGUAGCAACAUCAGAAUCCAUUGACUACAGCCUCCUUUUACCCCUUCUCCACCUGAUGGUCAAGGUAGGCCAGAGAGAUGAAUGUUUUGGGGAAAAGGCCCAAAAAUUAGAAGCUAUUGAUGUAACCCUGAGUCUGAUAAGAAAAAAUCUCUCCAAGUCUGCUCAUCUGACUCCAUGUCUCUGCGCUGUGCAAAUGUAUGCGUCCAGUGUCCCUAUCGGAGAGAUGCUGGGUAUAAACGGGACCAUGGAGUUGCUUUUUAAAAUUGUUUCCCCUUUUACCAGGAAAAAUACACAAACAAUCAAGGCAGCCGUUGGAGCACUUGCAGCCCUACUGAAAUCAAAGUCGAAUCUCAGAAGAGCUGUGAAUAGAGGUUAUGUGUGCGUCUUGUUGCAUUUCUACCAAGACUGGCACAUCAGUGAUUCUUCCAAUGCAUACAUUCCGAUCCGUAGAGGCCUACUGCGCUGCCUUAAACAUAUCACCAAUGUGCGAUCAGGAAGAGAAGCCUUCAUACAAGCUCGGGGAAUGGAAAUACUCUACAAUACAGCACAAGAAUGUCUGCGUUGGAAAAACCUGGACUCUUUAGUCAGUGCAGCAAUUCAGGUUUUAAGAAAAUGCUGUCCAAAGUGUACACUGCCACUCUCUAGUAUUAAUAGCUCCUAUACCUAUCCGGUGCCUGGAGCAAGCAAGCCGAUCACCGAGGCAAAGACGUUCUCCCAAGAAGAUGAGUCAGAAGAUGAAGAUGAGAAUGAUACAAACUUAAGUGUCAUAAAUGAUGACAACAAAGAGGAAGAUGAUGAUUUGGAAACAGAUUUGAAAAAAUUAAAGUCAAGACCUAUUCCUGAUCGACCAGAAAAGGAAUUUGAGCAGUAUAAAGCAUUUUCUUCAGAGCUUUUUCUAGAUCUAUAAGACAAGGAAUCUGAAAUGGAACAAGUUGUGAGUGACAAAGGCAAUUUAUCCAGCGCAUACGCACAUUACAUUCCACUCACUGAGGGAAUUAUGGAGGAUUGUUAUGAAAGGGAUCAGCAAAGAACAUCUGGAAAUACAUUUUCAACUGUGACUCGUUUGGCACAAAGAAAGCAAAGUAGAAGUUCCAGCCCAAGAUCUAUCCUGGAGGAGGAAAAUAUAAACAAGCAAGAACAGUUGGUUAAGGAGCAUUACCAGCUCAAAAACCAACCAGCUUCAUGCUCGAGUAUGACUUGUGGAAGACCAAGCUCUCCAAGUAAAUGUGUCAAAUCCUGCAAACCUAAAUUGAGCGAUGGUGUUGAUGAAUCUGAAAGUCAUAUGGUGGUAAAACAACUUUUGGAACAACACAAAGGCAACAUACCUUUUCAUGACCCUCUUGUUUACAUGGCUGUAGCAGGAAAGACAAAAUCAGUUCCUAAUUACAGAGUUUUGGCUUUCCCAGACUUCUGGGGCCAUUCUUCUCCACUAUUCUCCCAAAAACUUGAAGAAAAGAAGUUUGGCUCACAGAGGAAUACAAUCUUUGAAGAUCUCCAGCGCCAUCUGAAUUCAAGUAGUCUCCUUAACAGAGUUAUUUUUGACUUGGACAACCCAAGCAUUGCAGAAGGUUGUGAAGAGAUGAACUGUUUGAAGUUCUUUUCCAAAUUUGAAUCUGGGAAUCUCAGAAAAGUUAUACAAGUGCGUGAGUUUGAAUAUGACCUAAUUGUGAAUGCAGAUAUCAACAGUGAUCAACAUCAUCAAUGGUUCUACUUUGAAGUCAGUGCAAUGAAAGCUAAUGUCCCAUACCGCUUCAAUGUCAUAAACUGUGAAAAAUCUAACAGCCAGUUUAAUUAUGGUAUGCAGCCUGUUAUGUACUCUGUGAAGGAAGCUCUCAAUGGAAAGCCUUAUUGGUUGAGAACUGGCUCAGACAUUUGUUAUUACAAAAAUGCAUUUUGUUAUCGGGCAUGUGAGGCAAAGAAAAGAAGAAGAUACUAUACUUUAACAUUUACAGUGAAGUUUCCCCACUACGAUGACGUCUGCUACUUGGCUUAUCAUUACCCCUACACUUACUCAGCACUUAUGUCCCACCUGCAACUUUUGGAACACAGAUAUGAUCCUCAGAGAGUGUACUUCAAGCAACAGACCCUGUGUGACACGUUGGGUGGAAACCCUUGCCCUAUUGUCACCAUCACUGCCAUGCCCAAGUCAAGGUCUAAGAAUUACAAGGAAGAGUUCUGCAGUCGUCAUUAUGUGGUUCUUACUGCCCGGGUACAUCCAGGGGAGAGCAAUUCCAGUUGGGUAAUGAAGGGGACACUUGAGUUUCUUACUAGCGAUGACCCUAUUGCUGAGAUUCUGAGGGAAAUGUUUAUUUUUAAGAUCAUCCCAAUGCUUAACCCAGAUGGCGUCAUCAAUGGAAAUUACAGAUGCUCCCUAAGUGGUGAAGAUUUGAACAGACACUGGCUCUCCCCAAAGUGCAAUUUACAGCCUACUAUUUAUCAUGUUAAGGGAUUGUUAUACUAUAUGAGCAGCAUUGGUAGAUCGCCCAUGGUUUUCUGUGAUUAUCAUGGCCAUUCUCAAAGAAAGAAUGUGUUUUUCUAUGGAUGCAGCAUAAAGGAGACCCUGUGGCAAGCAGGAUGUGUGGUGGAUUCUUCUGUUCUCCUGGAGGAUGUUGGAUACAGGACUUUGCCUAAAAUUCUGGAUAAGAUUGCUCCUCCAUUCUCAAUGGCCUACAGCAGCUUUUUAGUAGAAAAGGCACGAGAGUCUACAGCCCGUGUUGUGGUGUGGCGAGAGAUUGGUGUAUUAAGAAGCUACACAAUGGAGAGCACCUACUGUGGAUUCAAUCAAGGGCCAUACAAGGGCUUACAGGUUGGAACUAAGGAGCUAGAAGAAAUGGGAGCAAAAUUCUGUCUGGGACUCCUGAUACUUCAGUCUAAAGCACUUUACAACAGUUCAGCCAUGAUUCCUCAGUUAGAAGUGCUGCUAGAUGCAGAAAAAGAGAGUUCUGACAAUCCACGAACAAGCAGUGCUGAAACCGACGAUGAACCACCAUGCGAAGAAGAGAUUGAUUACAAUACGGAUAGCUGUUCUGAUGAGGAAAUCUCUGAGUUGGACACCAAUACAGAAGACAGCCUGAAAGAAGAAAAGCAUGGUGCAGGAAACAAGCUGAAAUUAGAGAAUAAAGAAGAUGCAAUUUCCUCAAAUUUCAAUUGUUCCACAAGGAAAUCUCUCACAAUUGCAUCCAAACAACAUGGCUGCUCACCAGAGGUUGCCUGCCCUCUCAGUGAGCAGAACUGUGAUCACUCCAGCAAUACACAAAUGGGACACCACUAUCUUUAUUAA